AUGGUCGCUGCGGGAGGACAAGGGAGCUGGUUGGGCCACACCGUUCUGCUCAGGAACAACGGGACGGCGGUGGCCUGCGGCAACAAUGAUUGCGGCCAGUGCGAUGCGCCGCCGCUACCUGCAGGCCAGAGGUACGUCCAGGUCGCGGCAGGUGGGGUCCACACCGUCCUGCUCAAGAGCGAGGGAGCGGCUUUGGCGCGCGGCUUCAAUGGUGACGGCCAGUGCGACUUUCCGCCGCUGCCUGCAGGCCAGAGGGACGUCCAGGUCGCAGCAGGCCACGACCAUGCCGUUCUGCUCAGAAGCGACGGGACGGCGGUGGCUUGCGGCGGAAAUCGUUUCGGCAUGUGCGACUUGCCGCCGCUGCCUGCAGGCCAGAGAUACGUCCAGGUCGCGGCAGGACCAGAACGCACCCUUCUGCUCAGGAGCGACGGGACGGCGGUAGCGCGCGGCCACAAUAGUCACGGCCAGUGCGACUUGCCACCGCUGCGUGCAGGCCAGAUGCAUGUCCAGGUCGCUGCAGGAUCGGCCCACAACGUUCUGCUCAGGACCGACGGGACGGCGGUGGCUUGCGGCGAGAAUUGCCACGGCCAGUGCGACUUGCCACCGCUGCAUGCAGGCCAGACGUACGUCCAGGUCGCGGCAGGAUCGGAGCACACGGUCCUGCUCCGGAACGACGGGACGGCGGCGUCGUGCGGAACCCAUGAUGACGGCCAGUGCGAUGUGCCGCCGCUGCCUGCAGGCCAGAGGUGCGUCCAUGUCGCGGCAGGAUCGGACCACGCCGUUCUGCUCAGGAGCGAUGGGGCGGCUGCUUCUGUCGAUGCCGGCUCGGUGCAUUUCGUGACCUUCGGCGGAGGGGGCCGCUGCCAGAUCGCAGUUGCGCCCGACGCUCCGCUCACCGGCGUGCGCGAUUGGCUGCUGACCGAGCACCGCCUGGGCAGGCUGGGCCUCGGGCCCGGGCGGGUGGACGCCGCCCUGCCGGGGGGGGAGCUCCUGAGCGAGACCGCGGCCGAGGAGACGGUCCAGAGCGCCGUCGGCACCCCCGCGCAUGCUUCGGCGUCCGGAGAGCAUGCCACGAGCCGCCGCGACCGCCUUGAGUUGAAGUGCUCGACGGCCCUCGAGGCGCAGUGCUGA